UGUCCCCUAAAUAACUGCUUAAUAAGGCAAUUUGAAAAUUAAAAUCAAAAUUGUGGUAGGAAGGUUAGAAAUUAUCCUAAUUAGAAGCCUUUGCAGACAUACACUGGCACUGGUAGAAAUGCAGGAAAUUUUUUUAACUCAUAACUCAUUGACUCUGUUCAACUGAGUUCAAUGAGUUAUAUAUUGUAUAUAUAAUGCUAUAUUUAUCAGUAUCAACUUCUAUAUUUAUAAAAUCUCGGAAGCACUUGCAAUGGUGCAUCCGCGGCAACUAACUAGUUGUUCCUUAUUCUAUUAGUGUUAGUCUAUAUUUACAUUUAAUCCUAAUAAUCAAUUAUCCGAUGUCCGUUACACCAUCCUCUUACCAUUUUCCGAUAUCCGUUACACCCUUCUCGGUUCUUAAAACUCAAAUGUUCAAAAUUUUUAAAUUUUCAAGUGAUGUCUAAGUCUAGCAGGUCGAGCACAACAGGAAUUAAGUUAUCAGUAUCAACAGGAAGUUUACUUCGUGGGAUAAAAAACCACUCCCCGACCUGGUUAUAUAAGGGGAGAAUUUAAGAACUCCUAAGCUAAGCACAAUAAUUCGAUGCUGGUUUAAAGCAACAUUGUAUGCAUGAACAUGCAGUUGCUAAACGGAAACCAUUAGAAGAACAAGGUAGAAAAAACAGCAACUUGUCUCACAAUUAAAUCGAGGUUUUACUUGUCAAUGGCAAUGAAUUCUAUAUCAUCCGUAUGGAGAAGCAGCAUAACGGAAGUUCCAGGAGAUAUAUUUCAGCGAUGUACUUCAGAAAGCUGUGAGUGCGGAGGUAAACUGUUUCAUUGCCCACUAUGUACUCCAACGAAAAUCAAAGGAUUGAAACGAUGCAAGUUGCUUAAACAUUUUCAUGCUAUUCACUGGAAAACAAGAAUCUCUUUUGACGAAUUUGUCAUUUUAAGAUGUCGGCUUGAAUGCAUUUCCUCAGACGGAAGCAUGGUUAACAAUGUUUCGCAUUUUCACUGUUGCUCCUGUGAUAGAAUUUUCGAGCGAACGGACUCGUUUACUAAUCAUUUGUAUUCCCACAAGAGGCAAACUCUUGCUCGCGACGAAUCACUUACGGGACAGUCGCAAACAUCUGACUUACAGGAUCGUGAAUCGCGCACGAGUUCAAGCGACAUUAAUAACCAGCAAGGUACUUUAGAGUGCGAGUCGUGUUUGAAAUGUUUUUCAUCCAAAAAAUCACUUCGGAACCACAUAAAAUACAUUCAUGUCACACCCGAUUACAUAAAUGCUAACAGACAUCUUUACGGAGUUUGCGUUGAUUCGCGCAAGGGACUGUAUUUGGUAAGACGCUCAUUUAGUGGCACUAGUCAUCCUAUUCAUGUUCUUCACAGCUUUGGAAGCGAAGGUGGAUUCUCAUGCGAAUUAGACGAAUGUAGGGAGGUUUCUAAGACAGCGAGAAGAAGCGGGAAUCCAAAUUUUACUUGCUGUCAUUUGAAAAGCGUGCCGUACGUUUCGGAACCAUUCAAAGGGCCACCUAAAAUUACACGAAGAGCACUCGAAGAACUAAUUGUUAAAAUGAAGUGGCUUAAACAAAGCAGAGAACAAGAAUGCCUUCAAGCACAAAUGGUAGCAGAAAGUGCAAGCGCGCCGCUGAUUGUCGAGUUUUGCAACAAAAACGAAACUUCAAACAGAUUUCGCCACUUCUCAGUAUAUGUCGGAGAAGUACACCAUUAUUCCCGAUUUAAAAGAGUGGUAGUGUCGUUCGAUAUUACUUUAAAUAAAUGGUCUUGCGGUUGCUGCCGUUUGAAGGUCACCUGCGUCCAUAAAGCUAUCGGAAAGUGGUAUCUAUAUCAGGUGAGACCAGAUGAUUUGUCCAAUGACAGUACACCACAAGAAUCAGAAACCGCGGCAAUAAACGACUACGGAAACGAUGUCAGUGAAAGCGAAUCGGUAGAUAAUCCAGCCGAAGAAGAGACUCUUUUUGUAAACGUUGGAGAGUACCCCCCAAACGAUUUACAGCUAACCAGAAUGGUAGAAUACAUAUAUUCAGCGAAGAGAAUUCCGCCAUCUCUACCACGAUCAUUGACACAUGAUGCUGAUGUUCUGUCCUUUCCACGUGUUCUGGUACCAACAGAAGAAACGUGCUGCAAUUGCGAAGGUAUUGCCCUUAGCAAAGAGAAAUUGAUUACACGGAAAGGAAAGAUAUUUACUUUAACCAAAGUUAUUGAAGAUGUUGAACUAUGUUACAAAUCAUGUCCACAAUGUGGACUGAUAUACCGAUAUCAGGAGUAUACGGAUGGGCUUCAUAACUUUGACGAUUACCAUUGCUUUAGUCUAAGCUUCCUGUUGCUGUUACGAGCAUUUGUCGAGGAGCAUACAGCAUUAGGAAGAGUCGCAUCAGCAGUUGGUAGCACUGCCGGAGUGAAACUUAAUCAAACCGUUGUGCGAAAUGCUUACUAUCACUUCGAAGCUCUUACUGAACACAUAUACGAUUUUACAUGUGUGCUCUGCGGAAAUCACCCUCCACAUCUAAACUGGGAUCUCUGCAAGAAAGGGUGUUUCUCAAUCGCACUUAGCGAUCUAGAUAUUCCACCUGAAUGUGACGACUCAGACCGUGUAAGCAUUAGAGAGUUCUGGAAAAGUGUUGAAGUGAUGCAUUUAGCAAGAGGUGUAAACGCGAACAAGAGUUCCUCAUUUCAAGUGAAGGCCAACUACCAGUUCUGGGCUCCAUGGAUUGGUCCGCACACAAGAAAAGGGGACAGUGCAUAUAACACGGAGUACAGAAAGUGUCAUAGAAUCCCAGAAAGUGACCAGGUGCUUGAGGAUAUGAAUUUAACAACAUAUUCUGAAGAGGAUCUACUGGACAUGAUGAAUUUUGCGCAGGUCCAUGUGUUGCAGAGGUUGUGUGGUCAGCUGGGAGCGAAAGGCAGUUCACAUCUACCCAAAAACGACGUUAUAUCAUUCCUGAGAAAGAAGUUGAAUGUACCAACACACUACAAAAAGAUAUUUACAAAGAUAUGGGGAGCGUCGGGUGGAUGGGCGUCAGGCUCUUGUCCGCACAACAGAAUUUAUGCGAUCAAGUUCGUCCUCAGAAGCGAGGGACCGCGGGAUUAUUCAGACCUUCUUCGAUCUUUUAAGUAUCCACCUACAUUCAACGUAUCUGACAUCCCACAAAGACUUGCCCACCUGAUGAAUCGACUUGAGCCAGGUUUUUUCAAUCCUAACGAAGGAAAACCCUUUCCUUCAUCGGACGAAAAUAUCCGACUGGCGACAGAUGGCAAACUGAAAAAACACUUUCCAUGGUGGACAUGUUCAGCACUUACCAAUGCCAACGCUGGUUUAACGACUGAUGACACACAUCCAAUGACAUGA